AUGGCAACAGUAAUCUUAUUGGUUAAAGUUUUUUUUGGAAGUUUUAUGAAACAAGUUCAAAAAAAUCAACACUUUGAUUAUUCAGAACUUCUUAAAGUUUAUAAUUGUAUGGUUCCAGAAUUUUUAUGUGUUGGUUCUCCAAAUCUUUUUUUUAAAAAUGAUAAAGAUGAAGUUGUUGAAAUUUCUAAUGAAGACACAUUUUGGUCAUAUAUUACUUUAGAAUAUCCAAAUUUAAAAGAUCAAAUGAAUAUGAUUCAAAAUAUUACUAUUUCUGUUAUUGUUAAAGAUCGUGAAAAUAUUAUAAAUUAUAGUUUAUCAUUACAAGAAGGUAUUCUAAAUAAUAAUUACUGUACAAGCGUUUUAUAUACUCCUAUUGAAUGUAUCACUACUAAUUGUGAUUACGAUCAUUAUCAGUAUGAUGAAAAAGCAAAUAGCCAUGUUCCUUCACAUUUAAUGUUAAGUAAUCCAGAAACAGAUACUGCAAAUUCUAUUCAAACGGAAACACUGGGUAAACCACAUUUGCAUAAUAUAAAUAUUUUGUUAAAUGAUUCAAUAAAUACUAAUAAAUCAAAAACUAAAAAAUUAGAUAAUCGAAUAAUGCAUAAUCAAUAUUCUAAAUUAGAAAAAGAUAUUAUAUUAUUAUCAAAAACAAAUUCAAUAAAAGAAAUAAAAAAAAAUUUAUCUGAUGUUAAAGAGAAAAGUGAUACUUUUUUUAAUGAAGUAGAAAAUAUUUCUAUUAGUGACAGUUGUACAACGGUUUCUGAUUUUGAAACUAAUAUUGAAAAAACAAUUACUGCUUUUGAAAUGCCUGAAGAUUUACAUUUUCCUAGUAAAGAUAGUGAAUUAUCUUCAUCAUCAUUAAAUAUGGAAAUUAUUGAUUUUCGACCAGAAGCUAGUGAUUUAUCAAGUGAUAGUGAAUGGGAAUCUUUAGACAAAGAGUUAAUGUUUCAAUUUUCAAGCCCUGAAAUGGUAGAAGAAGAAAAUUGUGUAUUUGAAAAUGAUGAUAUUGAUUUAAAUGAUUCUAUUUCACUAAUUAGUUCAAGAAAUUCUUUAAAUGACGACAAUGUCAAUAAAAUGACAAAGAUUUCUGAAUUAGAUUUUGAUAUUGUUUCUACUUAUAGUAAUGAAACAAUAAUCUCUGAAAAAAGUUAG